AUGGGCCUCACGUCGCCAUCUUCCCGCUCAUGGCGAAAGGCCACACGAUGCCGCUGCUGGACCUCGCCUGCCUCCUGCGCGACCGGGGGCUCGCCGCCGUCACCUUCGUCACAACCCCGGGCAACGCCGCCUUCGUCCGCGCCGCGCUGCGGCGAGGCGGGGCAGGGGCCGGCGACGACGCGGCCGUCCUCGAGCUCGCGUACCCGGCCGGCGGGCACGCGCCUACGGUCGGGGAGGCCGCCUGCGUUCGCGGAGGCCACGUCGGCGCUGCGGCCGCGGUUCGAGAAGGCGCUCGCGGCGCUGCGCCCGCCCGCGAGCCUCCUCGUCGCCGAUGGGUUCCUGUACUGGGCGCACGCGUCGGUCACCGCGCUCGGCGUCCCGAGCGUAUCGUUCCUCGGCACGUCCGCGUUCGCGCACGUCGUCCGGGAGGCGUGCGUGCGGGACAAGCCGGGAGCCCCUGCCUCGCCGCAGUUCGACGACGCAACCACUGCCACUGCCACCACGUACUAUACGGUGCCGGAGUUCCCUCACCUCCAGUUCUCCCUCCGCGACCUCGUGCCGCCGCCGCUCCCGAUGAUAGACCUGGAUGCUAAGAUGGCGGCGGCCGUCGCGGCGAGCCGCGGCCUCAUCAUCAACACCUUCCAUGACCUGGAGGGCCGCUACAUAGAGCAUUGGAACCAGCACAUCAGGCCUAAGGUCUGGGCUAUCGGCCCGCUAUGGCUUGCCCGGCAAUCCUCCUCCUCCUCCUUCUCCGGCACCGGCAGUGAACAACUCCACGCCAAACCGUCCUGGAUGCAGUGGCUGGACGGCAUGGCGGCCGCCGGAAAGCCUGUACUGUACAUCUCACUGGGGACACUGGCAGCCAUCUCCAGGGCCGGCCCUGAUUUUUUUGAGGCCCGGGGCGAAACCACAAUCCGGGGCCCUUUAUACAUGCAUGACAUUGACAGUACUAAAUGUAAAUACAUAUAUAUAAACACUUAA